AUGGCCAGAGUCCCCGAUAUGUUUGAGGAGCUCCAUUCCUGCUAUAGUGAAAAUGAGGAAUUUCUUUCUGAUGUUGACCAAGUCUCUCUGAGUCAGGACUCCUUCUACCCCAGGGUCAGCCCACAUCAUAAAGAGAGUUGGUCAGGAUUCGAAAUUUCUAAGACCCACCAGCUCAACUUUGAAGAGCACAUGGCAGCAUCAGUUGCCCAAAGGAAAAAAGAAAAAGAGAGAAGACUUUCUAAGAGCCAUCCCAUCACCAAAGAUUACCUGUUUAACAUUGUCAGCAUUCCAGAAAAAGAUAAAGAUAUAACCAAGUAUUCGUCAGUCUCCUUUGCCUUUCAAAACAAGAUGACUUAUACAUUCCGUUCCCUUUUAACCAACCAAACACUGACCGACCAAAACGCUCGAAGUAUAAAGCAAAUGAGACAGUACCUCAGAGCUAUCCAUCGACAAAGCUCAACACCUGAAGGUAAUAAGGGUGCUGUGACUAUAAGGACCUCAAACACACACCUGUAUGUGACUGCAAAGAAUGAAAAUGAACCUAUAGUGCUACAGGAGAUUCCCCAGACCCCUACCAAGAUUGAGGGGUCUAGCAGCCCCCACCUCUUCUAUUGGACUGAGACUGGGUCUUACAGCACCUUUGCCUCCGUCGCCAAUCCCGAGCUGUUUCUGGCGACCCAAGCCGAGGAUGGCCAGCUGGUGGUCAUGGCAAAAGGGCAACCUGCUCUCAUCCACUUCCUAGUGAUUGAGGAAAAGCCCAGACUUGAAGAACCCUGGGCACACUUGGCACAUCCUGCUGGGCAGCAGGAGCAGCAGCUUUUCUUGGAGGAGGUCCACUGGCACGAUCUGCAUUUGCAGGAGCCUGAACAGGUGCAAGAGCCACCAUUCUCGCAGUUACAUUUGGGAUCCAUGGCUGGCAGUCCUGACGUCAUGUUGCUGGUCUUCCAGCUAAUGACACAGGGGCUCUUGCUCAACAGGGAGUCACCGGGCACACAAGGCUCUGAGAAGCUGAGGCUCCUGGAUCUUAGGCCUGAGCAGGGCCUGAAGAGGGGCCUGGGUUUUGUGGGAGUCGGGCUGGGCUGGGAGUUCACCCUGAGGCACCAGAGGUGA